UAUAAAAAUAAAAAAAGUAGUACAGUUAAAAGAUAAUAAAACGUCGCGCGGCGAUUAUGCAAAUCAUUUGAGUGAUACCUGAUAUCAGUAGGAUUAGUCACAAAAAAGUCUUCUAUUCAUUGCAGCGUUAAUAAUUAAUAAAAGCGUGUUUAAGAUCGUCGAAAAUAGUAAUCUAUUAACUAAUCUAAUCAAAUGCUGUUUGUUGUUACGUAAAUCAAGUGACACAUCAUGAAUGUGCAAAAAGGAAAUAUAUUUAAACAUACAAAAGAUAAUACAAUCAAUUUAAUAUAUUUUAUCUAAUUUUAUAAAAUUAUAACAGCUGAACUCUUUUGCGUAGUGAUUUUUGAUACAAACAAAAGAAUAAAUUAUAUAUCAGAUUGUUAAAGUCCAAACGAAUAGGUUAAUUUUUUGCCUGAAGACAAAGAAGAACAUCGAUUUCUUUGUUACCUUCAGAUCAAGGACAGUAGAUAGUGAUGUCAUUGACUUUCGUUGCUUAAGCGAUGACUUAUGUAAACAUAUAUAGAUAUUAGAGAGAGAUAAUUUCGCGAACCGCCAGUCGAUCGUCGAGUCUCAACCAGUCAAGUUGCGUUAGUAUAUCCGUGAAAAAGUUGAUUUCAGUUUUAGCUAGAAUAUUUAAUAUAUGUACUAGUUUAAUAUACUAGCUUAAAAGCAAAAUCAUUUCUUGUUUCAAUAUGAUAUAUGUAAUUGCUUUGACAGUGAUAGUAGGCGCUCUAGGCCUCUAUUUUUAUUUCUUGAAGAAUUCGAAUUGUUUCAAAAAACAUGGCAUACCGUAUAAAACACCAUUUCCUGUAUUUGGAAAUAUAGGCCUAUCGAUGCUCGGUCGUGAAUCAUUUGUUGAUUUAAUCAAGAAAAUUUACAAUUUACAUCCUGAGGCUAAAUAUGUCGGCAUGUUUGAUUUGGUCGGGCCACUUACAGUGCUCCGUGAUCCCAAUCUUAUUAAAUCAAUCGGGUUGAAAAAUUUCGAUUUAUUCCCGGAUCAUCGCACCAUGGUCGAGGAACAUCAAGAACCACUAUUUGCCAAAAAUCUUUUUCUCCUCAAAGGAGAAAAAUGGCGACAAGUACGGCCUUUACUGAGUCCAGCUUUUACGUCUAGCAAGAUGAAAAAUAUGUUUAAAUUGAUGUCGGAUUACGCCGUUGAAUUUAACAAUUACUUGACACAAAUGCCAGCAGAGAAGAGGAUAAUGGAUAUGAAGGAUGUCUUUAUGAGAUAUACAAGUGAUGUUAUAGCUACUUGCGGCUUUGGCGUCAGUGUUAAUUCUGUGAAAAAUCCGAAGAACGAAUUUUACGUUUAUGGUAGGGAGGCAACCAAUUUCACCGCUAUUUCCUUUCUAAAAAUAUACGUAUAUAAAAGCAUGCCUUGGCUAGCAAAAUUUCUUAAAUUAAGAAUGAUUCGUGAACAGAUUGCCAUUUUUUUUCACAAUCUUGUAGAAAAAACUAUAAAGACUAGAGACGAAAAUGGUAUCGUUCGUCCAGACGUGUUGCAACUAAUGAUGGAAUCUAGAGUUAAGGAAGGCAAAGAACUAUCUGUUGAAGACAUGGUAUCUCAAGUGUUCAUUUUUUUCUUUGCCGGCUUUGAUAGUACUUCGACGUUAAUGUGUUUCGCCGCUCACGAAAUCGCAGUGAAUCAAGAAAUACAAAAAAAACUUCAAUAUGAAAUUGAUCAGGUCUUGGAAGAAUCAAAUGGAGAAGCACCAUACGAAAUGGUUAAUAAUAUGGAAUAUUUGGAUGCCGUCAUCAGUGAAGCUCUCAGAAUGUAUCCAGUUACUGCAGCAAUGGACAGAGUAUGCGUGAAGGAAUUUGAAUUGCCUCCGACAUUGCCAGGAAUGAAGCCCUUUACUAUAAAAAAAGGAGAAGCUGUAUGGAUACCGGUUUACGGACUUCAUCAUGAUCCACGAUAUUAUAAAGAGCCGGAAAGAUUCGAUCCCGAACGAUUUCUUGGUGAGCGAAAAAAAGAGAUUCUGAACUCCGGAGCCUAUCUUCCCUUCGGGCUGGGUCCUAGAAUGUGCAUUGGUAAUCGAUUCGCUUUAAUGGAGACAAAAGUUCUUUUAUUUCAUUUAUUAGCACGUAAUGAUUUGAAAACUUGCGAAAAAACAUCGUUACCGCUCAGGAUCGCUAAGGGUAGUUUCAAUAUGCAGCCUGAAGGUGGUUUCUGGCUAAAUGUAUCACCAAGGAAAACUAUUCAUCAUACUAUUGCUACUAAUACUGCCAGUGGAAAAUAUCAGCCUUAAAAUAAAGAGAGGGAACAACAUAUUUAAAGGAGUGUAAAGGACAUUUCUUUUUUUAUUUUGAAAUAAGAACAUAUCUGUAUUCUGGAGAUGGUUUCGAUACUUUAUUUGCUGCAUCAUUGAGAGAGUUCGUGCGAAGACUUUUAAAAAUUAAAAAAAAGCUGUUCUAGGCAAAUCGAUAAGAAAGAUUUAAAUAUGCCAGUUGUAAAAUAAAUGAAAGGUAAUAUUUAUUCCAAUAUUUAAAGCUAUUAAGACUCUAAAAAAGACACCACAAACAUAUUGUCAUAUUAAUAUAGACACACAAUACAUUAUGUACAUACAUAUAAACUUGUGAAAAUAAUAAAGAAGUAUAAUUUAAAAAAUAACGAGGCAUUGUGUGAUUAUACAAAUCAUUCAAGUAAUGUAUAGUAGGUUUGGUCAUAAAAAAAUCUUCUAUUCGUUGCAUCGUUAAUAAUUAAUAAUAAUGUGUUUA